CGGACAUGCAGAUCAGGAUUCAUCAGAUUGGACCAGGAAUGGUUCAGCAAAUUCAGUCAGUGUGCAUGGAGUGCCAGGGUCAUGGAGAAUGCAUCAGUCCUAAAGACAGAUGUAAAAGCUGCAAUAGAAGAAAGAUAGUUCGAGAGAGGAAAGUUUUAGAAGUUCACACUGAUAAUGGCAUGAAAGAUGGUCAGAAGAUAACAUUCCACAGUGAAGGAGACCAAGAACCAGGACAGGAGCCAGGGGAUAUUAUCAUUGUGUUAGAUCAGAAGACCUUUUCCUGUCUGUGGACGUACAGCUGGUUGAAGCAUUGUGCGGCUUCCAAAAGCCAAUAUCUACUCUUGACAACUUAACCAUAGUCAUCACCUCUCAUCCAGGUCAGAUUGUCAAGCAUGGGGAUAUAAAAUGUGUGGUAAAUGAAGGUAUGCCAAUAUACCAUUGGCCAUAUGAAAAGGGACGUAUAAUCAUUGAGUUUAAUGUAAACUUUCCUGAAAAUGGCUUUCUCUCUCCCGAUAAACUCUCUUUGCUGGAAAAACCCCUUCCUGAAAGGAAGGAAGUAGAAGGAACUGAUGGAAUGGAUCAGGUAGAACUGGUGGACUUUGAUCCAAAUCAGGAAAGACGGCGUCAUUAUAAUGGAGAAGUGUAUGAGGAUGAUGAACAUCACCCCAGAGGUGGCGUUCGUUCAGUGUCAGACCUCUUAAUGGGCCAGUCACUCUUUGACCUUCUGUAUGCAGUAGUGAAUGUGGGAAGGACUGUAAUCAUAAUAUGCUCACUACUUGACCAUUGUUUUUGUUUUAAUAUUCAACUAUAGUAGUGUUUUAAGAGUUAAGUGAAGAACAAACACAAAUAUAAAAGUUCUGACUUUGCCCUGUAUGUGUGAUGACUUUAAUGUUCAAGAUGAAAAUGAAUACUUGUAAAAACUUGUUUAAAAAGUUCCUUAGCAUCUAUUAGGCCAUAUCUUGUGUAACUCAUAAUAGCUGUGUACAUUAGACUGAUAUGCUAACUAUGUGUUGUUUGACCCUUCGUUGUUUAGCUAUGGAAUUAAAAUUCUGUAUUUAACUGAUUAAAAAUAAAAGGAAGGAGAAACUGAAGCUUAAGUGCAUUUGAAUAUGCUCAAGAGGAGACACUAGAAACAGAAGUGAGAGUCUAAUGGGGCAGGGAGAAUUUGUUCAGCAAUGUUUCCAGAAGACAGGAGGUAUGGGCUUCAGAGCUGGAAUCCUCUUCCUUUUCUGUUCUUUCUAUCCACCUCCCCAUCAUCUCAUUGGUGCCUGGGCAGAAGGAACCAGGAUCUAGAGAAAGCAGGUAAAGCAAACUGCCCAUAUUAUGCUAAGGCAGAACUUCUGGCAGACUAUUUACAAAAGAAUCUUCCUGACUUUCGGAUUUUUAAGAUCACGAAACAUCCUGACGAGUGGGAGGAGUGGCUGGAAGAUGUCUGUGAAAGGAAUAUGUGGGACCACAGAAUCUCCCCCAUUAUCUGGAGAGAGUUGCUGGAUCGUGGAGGCAAGGGCUUGCUUUUGGGAGGAUACAAUGAGUUUCUGGAACAUGCCCAGCUUUACUAUGGCAUCACUUCCAGCAUGACGACAGAGCUGAUGAUGAUCAUCGCCCAAGAAAACAUGGAGACACAUACAGAACAAGAGUUAGAUAAAGAAAACUUGAAAGACCUCAUCAGUCCCUUGCAGGUCUGGAUUACCAGUGCAGGUUCUCGUGUGUGCUGCCACUUAAUUCCCCUCUUGCUAAGUGGGGAAGUGUUCGGGAUGCAGGCAGAGAUCAGCCUGACCCUGUUUGACCAGGAGCAGAGGAGGGAAUGCCUCAGUAACAUAGUGAUGGAAACUGAGAAUCUGGCCUCCCCAGUCCUGCGCACUGUCUCCUUCUGCACGACGGUAAAGGAUGCCUUCCUUCAGGCUGAAGUCAUCAUCAUCCUGGAUGACAGCACGGACGAGGAAGUGUACAACAUGGAGAGCUGCCUUCGAAGCAGGGUACCACUGUGCCGCCUCUAUGGUUACCUGAUAGAGAAAAAUGCUCACAAAUCUGUCAAAGUCAUCGUGGGAGGGAAAAGCUUUCUGAAUCUGAAAACAACUUUGCUCAUACAAUAUGCACCUAGCCUCGCAAGCAACAUCAUCGCAGUGGCUCUGGGGUUAGAAGGCCAAGCAAAAGCAGUACUGGCCCGAAAGAUGAAAACAAUUCCAUCCAGAAUCAAAGAUGUGAUAAUUUGGGGUAAUAUCACUGGAAAUAACUACGUUGAUCUGAGGAAAGCAAAAGUUUACAACUAUGAGAGUGCUAUUAGGGGACCUCCUGGAUAUUACCACUCUGUGUUAAGCUUGAUUUUUGACAGAGAGUGGAUAACAAAAGAGUUUGUGAGGACGCUUAAAGACUUGAGCAGCACUGGAAAACAAUUUGGAGGCAUUUUGGCAGCACACAGCAUAGCCACCACCCUGAAGUACUGGUACUAUGGCUCACCACCUGGAGAGAUCGUUUCCUUGGGUGUAAUGAGUGAAGGCCAGUUCGGCAUUCCUGAAGGGAUUGUCUUUUCUAUGCCAGUGAAAUUUGAGAAUGGAACUUGGGUGGUCCUUACUGAUUUGGAAGACCUUUCGCUCAGCGAGAAGAUAAUAAACAGGCUCACAGGUGAUCUGAUUCAGGAGAAACUUGUUGCAUCUGGAGACUUAUUAACUUUUCAACCAAUUGAAGAAGAUCCCAAAGAUAACACGCCUUCUCCUACAGGCCUGAAUGAAGAAAAGGAACAAGCUGAGUCUGACAGUCCCCUUUCAGUCACUGAACCAAACCAAAUGCAGGAAGCCUGGCUGGAGGAAGAGGGGAACAAAGACUCUGAUGUAAAACAUGGGGACCGUGAAAAGCUUCAACCAGAACAAACAUGACGGAAAGACAGAAAGACUGGCGAGUGUCUGCACUUAGGGAAAAGCAAUUAAAUGAAACAGGCCCCAAACCUGGUAGAGUCACAUCCUACCACUUUUGCCAAUUACUGUAUGUCCUCAAAAACAAAUGAACACAAACCACUGUUUUAAAGACUUUAA